AUGGUGUUAACGAAUGUUCUAUUAUUGAGUCAGAUUGCAGGUUACGUUAUAGGUCUAAUCCUUUCUCUUUGUAUAAUUGUGCCUAUGAGCAUGCAUCAGGAUGAGUUCGGUGGACACUGUUUGCUGUUUUCAAAAGGAGCAUGGCAGGAAGAGGAUGGCCAGUUGCUGGUGUCAUGGGCUUCUCAAGCAUACUGUAACUAUGUCAUAGCCAUUGGUGUACUCAUGUUUAUAGUAUGUCUCGUACAAAUAUACAGGCUCUCUAUAUUCAUGUACAAAGGACAGGAUAGUUCCUUCCUGUCUGCAUUCAUAGAGGCAGUUGGAUGCAUGAUUCUCUGUGGGCUAACUGUUACUGCUGCUUGUAUUGUGACCCUUGGUUUUAUGACAUGGUGCCAGAUUAUUGUUGAAAGGUUUCCAAGUUGUGAAGAUGCAGCAGGGCAAGACAUUGACAAGAGAGAUAAAAUUUCCACACAUGGUUUUUACAUUGAAAUGGGUACAGCUCAAUUUGGUGCAUGGGGCGCAUUCGCAACGUGGGUUGGUCUUGCAGUGUUUUCCACCCUGAAGGUGUGCCGGUACCACCAGCUCCAAAACAUUCAAGUCUCGAUGUAUAGAGAAAGACAGCGUUUAGUAAACGAAAGUGGUUCUCCCACAACAGUGGAGGGUAGAUCUACACCUCCCUUGAACCAUUAA